AUGCACACUGAUCUGCUCGACACCGUUCUCAUCAGUCGCCAAGAAGCGACGCCGCAAGGCGACACUACGAAAGCCCAGGCUGGUUCGUCCGGGUCGACGACGGCCACUGCAAGCAUGAAGGGAACCGGGGCGGACGGCCCUCCCGCCGGAGACGCGGACAAGUGCCCUGUUGACCACAAGACCCGCGAUCUGUGGUUGCAGCAGGCUCAGCAGGAGAGAGCUGCGCAGGCCGGGGCCAACACAGCGCCGACGGCAACAGUACAACAGACGAAGAACGCCUCGUCGUCCUGGUCAUCAUGGUUGCAAAUACCCUUCUUCUCCAAACCCACACAAUCGACCCAACAAGCUCCGCCUCAGGCGCAUAGCCAAUCGCGACUUGGCGAAGCCCGCGAAAUCUCCAGUAUCCCACGAUCCUCCGACCCCACCUCUGCGCCGUCCGCCCAGAGCCCCUCCAACCACGAGCAAGAAACGGGCGCGUCCAAGACCGGCCACUGGGUGUACCCCUCCGAGAAACAGUUCUUCGAGGCCAUGAAGCGCAAAGGCCACACGGCCGCAGCCGCCGACAUGAAGACCGUCGUGCCCAUACACAACGCCGUCAACGAGCGGGCAUGGGCCGAGAUUCUCAAAUGGGAGGCGCCCUUCACGGCCCCUGUGACGCGAGGCGGAUGUGGCGGGCCACGACUGCACAGUUUCGCUGGGCUUGGCAGUGCCACGAUGAGUCCGAAGGCCCGCAUCAACACGUUAUUGGGGUAUUCCGCGCCGUUUGAUAGGCAUGACUGGAUCGUGGACCGGUGUGGGACAAAGGUGGAAUAUGUGAUCGACUUUUACGCUGGCAGGAAUGAUGGUGCAGCGGGGAAGAAUAAGCUGAACUUUUACCUGGAUGUGCGGCCGAAGUUGAAUACGUGGGAGGGGGUCAAGAUGAGGGCGUUGAGGGCCGUAGGGCUUUCAUAA